UCCUGAAAGGAGGAGGAUAUAAAGGCGAUUUUUUUAAACAGUGAAUUAUAACAAUAAUUCCUCAGUUUUGAGAGAAAAGGGAUUUUCUGUUUCUCCUCUGUCAUUUAUUUUUUUCGACAGCAGAUCCAGAAUAAUUCGUAAUCUGCUACGGGAAUGUUUGGAACACUGGUCGCAUUGAGAAAGCUGAUGAUUUAAUUAGGAUUCACUGGUUGGUCUUGUUUUUUCCAUCCGGGGUUUUGUGACGUUUGGUGAAGAUGUUUUAUUCGAUCUGUUUUGCCGCCGUUUUGCUCGGUUUCGCAUCGUCUGCUUCAAUACAAUCUGCGCUGUGGGAGAUACAUUCAUGCCCGUCAGACAAACGAAGUUGUAUUAAUGGUUCUGAUAUCGGAUUGGUCGGUUUUGAGCAAGACGAGUACACCCGGUUAGAGCACGCAGAUGAAGGGCGAUACAAAGACCUGGUAUGCUACCCCGAGAACUUCUGCUCCAUGCGCUGGUUGAAAGACGGUCAGCCCUUGCCAUGGGCGUGGUCUGAGGGGAUGGGUUUGACUCAGGAGUAUUGCAAUUCGACGCUCAUCUUCAGGAGGGCGGGGCUUGAAGCGGAGGGCGUGUACACGUGUGAGGUGACGGGUGCAAACGGAACGGUGGUUUCGAGAAAUAUCACGCUCAAAGUUGAAGCUGCUCCGCCCCCUCCUCCACCCAUCGUUGUCGCCGGCGACCUCUGCGCCAAUCACACGGCCGAGCUCGGAUCCGACGUCACCUUCCGCUGCGAGAUCUAUGUCGGAGAGAAGGCUGUCGCUUCUAGCUACUCAUAUUGGACCAUGGAAUACCUUGGAGAAUGGGAUUUCCCCGAUUACGUCAGUGAGGAUCUCGAAGGCGUGGUCAUUCACGAAAUUAACACAAGAAGUGAAAGGCCUGGGUACCUGAUGUCAGAACUUCAAAUCGUCAAUGCAUCCCGGGAGACUUUUGUCAGAUAUCAACUCCACGCCUCCACCCCAUCACAGAAUUCUGUCACAAAUUUUCACCUGGGGCUGGCGAGUUCCCAGGAGCUGGCGAGUGCCCAUUUAUCCAACGACACAAAUGGUAAUCAACAGCCCCAUCACAAUUGGAAUAAAACAUUACCUUCUUGCAGAGACGAAUCGCUACGGUGGUGGAAAACAUUCGGUAUCGUCGUUAUUUGUCUCCUCGUCAUCGUCGUCGUCCUCAUAGUGUUAACGGCGGUCGCCGCUUUCUUCUACAAGCGACGUCUAAUUUUAGCGGACAUGAAGACGCCCUAUGAAUAUCAUAAACAGCUUGACCUGAAAGCGACUGUAACAUAGAUUUUUAAAAUGGUCUCAGUUUUGAGUACAGUACUACAGUGAAAUAUAAAGGAGUUUCCCUAAACAUUAAACGUUUUUUAUGGGGGGGGAGAGUGAGCAGUUUUAAAGUUGUCCCGUUUUUUAUUUGUAUUUGUAGUAUCCCCACCCCAGUGUUUACCACGGUAAAUAAAGCAUUUUCAUUCAUUUGAAUGGAGGGUAAAAACCAGAGGUGCCGUGGCCGGGGAUCGAACCCCGGACUUUCAAUGAAUAGCCAGGCGCCUUAGACCACUCGGCCACGGCACCUGCGUUGAAAAUGUUUUAAAUCGAUGAUGCAAUUCGUAUCAUAAAAUGUAAAGUUUGAAAGUUUUUACGGUUCAGUCACAACGUUGUAUAGGUCUAUGGUGGUUUAAUAAAGAUUGCAUGAAAAAUCAAUUGUGAUUUGUUUAACCUGUAGUUGCUCAGUUCAUAUUUUAACAAACUAUAAAAGUAUUUGAAAGUGCAUAUUUACUUGUUAUUUGAUAAAUUUGUAAAGAAAUUUGAGGUAUUAAUGUGUGCCCUUCCCUGACAAAUGGGUCAAAUUGACUAGAUCAGUAGUCAGUUGGGUGCAACUGAUAUGUUUAGUCACAUUUCUGACGUAUAUUCUGGUCAGAAAUAACUCUGUUCUAGUCAAAUACGACUGGAAAAUAGUCAAAUAGACUAAAAUAACAGUUGCACCCAACUGACCCGAUUUAAACGUAUUUUUCAUAGGAAUCGCAAAUGAGAAAAAACGGUGAGCCUUGAUGGUAAAUGCAUAAGUGAAAUUGUCUUAUACACUCAUUGAAAAAAAAACAACCUUCUUAUGGAAUUUAUCAAACAUAACAUCUGAGGGAGCUGCUCUUACAAAUCUACAACUCAUAUCAAAUACAUAUAUCGUUAUUCCUUCAAGGAUUUUCGUCAUAUCUGCAUGUAUUUAUAUUGUAUUUCUAUUUUUCUGCCAUUUAAAACAAAAGAGGAUGUCAGGGUAUUUUUUUUUCAUUAAUGAUCAAUUAAAAUAGAAAGUGAUGUAGAUAGUUGUCUGUAUUAAGGCAGAAUAGUUCCAACACGCCAUUUGUGUAUUAACGCUUGAAAUUGGCAACAGGACCGGUUUCAAAAAGGCUUGACAAAAACACUGCAAUAUUGUACCAUUCAUGCAAAGCCUUGAUUUGAUUGGCUAUUGAAUCAUGGUAAUAUCGUGGUAAAAUUACCAUAUUCUUUAUAUACUUAUACUUGAGAGGGGACCCGUGUCAUUUUUACAAACAAUCUGGUUCACUUAUGUAAAUUAUCUGUUUUGUUUUUACAUUUGAUUCGCACGAUUUUUUUUCCACAAAUAAUAUGCAAUUAGAGGGAAAAUGUAUGCAUGUAAAAAUUCUUCUUCAACAUCGUUAUGGGACUUAAAGAUAAAACUAUAGAAAAGUAACCGGAACGUUAUUGCAUUCUAUAUAGGCCUGUAUCGAUAUGUUGUAUGUUUUAAAAUAGGAUAAUGUAAUCCUUGUUCACAAGUGCAAUUUCUUUAUACUAUUUAUAUCGAUCGCAAGUGCUUCAGGUUAUUGAAUUACUGUGUAUAAUAAAUAUUUACUGUACGGUAUGCCCAUCAUCGGAGUAUGGGAAGUCUAUGGUAUGCCUAUUUAUCGCAGUGAUAUAGCAUUAAUUUUUUCCUCUUGAUAGAAGAAAUUUGCAAAGAUUUGUGGAUUAAAAAAUCAAUUUGUUAUAUACUAUCAUUUAUCAAAAUAUGAAUAAACACAUUUUGUUUAUGAAUAUACAGUUGAGGUGUGCUCGCGUGCUCGUGUGCUCUUAAUCUAGUAAUAAUAGAUUGGAAUAAUAUGAAUUUUAUACAUGUAGAUAAUUAUAUUGUACAUAAACAAUCCAUUUCAUGGGAUUUAUGACAUACCAAUUGAAUUGGAAUCUUAAAAGAUAAUUUUGAAUAAGCAAGCAAGUAAGAUUAUGGAUGCAAAGAAAUCAUUAAAAAGGUUAUAAAUGAAUACAAAACUAGUUGUAAUAUUUAGUAGCAGCAGCAGCAGCAGUAGUAGUAGUAGUAGUAGUAGUAGUAGUAGUAGCAGCAGCAGCGGCAGCAGUAGAGUAGUAUAGUAUCACUCUAAAAUUUAAUGUUAAGGAUUAAAAAAAAUCAAGGUCGGCUUUGAAUAGUGAUCAGACGAAUGUUAGAUUUAGAUUUAAAUAAAAAGCGAAAAGAUUUUAAUUCAAAUCUUUUAUAAUAGAAAAAACAAGAUUGGUCAAAAUAACCAAUGUGUCGGUGCAUGAAUAUUGUGUUCGACCAACAAAAUGUUCAAAAUCAACCAUUUUAUUGGUAAGAAUCAACCAGAAGUCUGGCUAAUAUCAACAAUAUUUUAUCGAUUGGAUACAUUAUUUAUUCAUCAACAGAUAUGUUACUUAAACCAAUUAUAUAGUUUGUUUUACAAUGUAAACAUUUUUAAACAGAUGUUCGAAUAGUAGUGCUAUAUUAGCAGACAAAACAUAGUAGAAGCAACACAAUCAGAAAUUGUUUUACCUACAUAGUGAUAGGCAAUAUUUUUGGAUAUUG